GUUUACUGUUUUACAACACUACUGUCAGCUGUUCGCCUGCAAGGUAAACAAUAAAUUGCGUCUUCACCUGGCUCCUUGGAUUGGGUCGCUGGUGCCCAGAUCACGUAAUCGAAGUGGAGACGGGGACGGAAACAUGUGUACCCUGCACCCUGAGGAGGAGGCCCACCUGGCGGCGAUGGCUCUUUCACCCAGUCCGAGAACGCUAGACUCCUCUCGACCUUCAACUCCCACUCCCUGUUCACUGUUUGAUGUUUGUUGGGAUGAUGUUCUUAUUCCACAAGUUGCCGUCUACCUGACGCUAAAAGACUUGUUUAAUUUGCGAUGCUGCUCACGAACUGCAAAGAAGUUCGCAGAGGCAGCGAUGGAAAAGCGGCAAGAACUGCACCUCUCUGGAAACAACUCAAGCAAUAUUGAAGAUGGCUUUCGCGUGUUGGCCCGUUGUUGCCGUCGCCUGGAGGUGCUGCAUUUGGCCUGCUGUCGCUGGCUAACGGACGAUUUGCUUCUUCCACUUCUGGCCAAUAACAAACAGCGUCUGGUGGCCGUGAACCUCAACGAGUGCAUCAACAUUACGGCCCUUUCCCUGCAACCGAUAAUCGUAGAAUGCAAGGAGCUGCGGGUAUUGAAACUGUCCAAGUGUCAAUGGCUCACUACUGGAGCGGUGGACGCUCUGACCCUGCACCAGAGCAAGCUGGUGGAGUUCGAUAUUUCGUAUUGCGGAGCAAUUGGCGAGCGUUGCCUAAUCAUAUUUUUCAGGAGGCUCAACAAUCUUACCGUCCUGUCACUGGCUAAUACUCCUAGUGUUACCGACCAAGUGCUCAUCCAGAUAGGCAACUACUGCCGGGAACUAGAACAUAUAAAUCUGAUUGGCUGUGCCGCCAUCUCCGACUAUGGAGUGCAUGCUCUGACAGUCCACUGUCCGCGUAUCCGGACUCUGCUCAUCCGGCGUUGCCCUCGGGUAACAGAGCGAUCGUUGGCUCCGCUGCGGCAGCGGUGUCUUUUUAUUGACCGGCCGCUCCUUGAGGGGGCACACAACGCCUACAGCCUGAACGACUUCUAUCCCAGCAGUUUUCUCGUUUACUAGCCCCAAAUCCAUUUUUUUCCUUUAGCGCCCUAACCCAGAGUUGCCCACUUCUGCAGUCGCUGAUGGUGCAGCGUUGCCCGCAGGUCACCGAACGAGUGCUGGCCCCUUUGCGGGGACGCGUCCAUAUAGAUAGGCCAGGAAUGAGUUACAACCUACCAGCCAUGCAGCAUCAUCGACUUUUUCUGCAAGUGUAAGAACUUCCCAACCCGCCAUAACCGGUAUUCGAGGAGGCUAUCGGAGGAGGCUUUAACCCAAGGGAUUCGCUGUAAAUACAUGCUUCUGCAUGGGACGCUUUAAUUUAGCUUUAGGCUUACUCUUACAGUGUAACAUUAAUUAAGGCUGUACAUUAAACAUAUUUACUAUUUA